AUGCAGAGGAAGUCUCCUCGUGAUCACGACGCUAGUGUCACGACGCCGGCUUCUACCACUGAAAGUAGCCCAAUCAUCACCUCGACACCCCAUCCUAGUUUUGCUUCUGCAUGGUUUCCUAGUUCAAAAGGAAAGGAAGCGUUGAAGAAGAUUCCAUGGGCGAAGUACAAAUCCAUGAUCGCAUCUGCGCUUACCACGUCUAAUCCAAGGGUCUUAUUCCUCGAUGCCCCUAGUCAGGAAUUGCUGGCUGACUUCGUUGCUCAUGCCAAAAACAACAGUGUCAAAGCAGUGCUUUCUAUCGGCGGCCCCACAGGAUCGAGAUACUUCUCAAAGGCGGUCUCGGUGCCACUGAGUCGAACUGAUUUCGUACAAGCAGUUGUCGACAUUGCCACGCGGAACCAAUUGGACGGGAUCGAGUUUGCUUGGGAAUACCCUGGACAACCCGAAUGCGAUGGUCCCUCGAAGGAUGAUACUACAAACUACCUCCUGUUUCUCGAAGAGCUAAGGAAGCAUUCGACGGGCUCCAGGCUAGCAAUCUCAGCCGCAGUACCCCUCGCACCCUUUCUCAGCGAUUAUGGCACACCUAGGUGGGAUGUGACGGCGUUCGCCAGUUUUCUCGACUACAUCACUAUAGUCGCAUACGACGUCUGGAAGACAUCUUUUGCUGGCUCGAAUAAACUUGUUGGCCCUAAUGCUCCGGUAUAUGAUGAUUGCGCUUUGCCUUCGGCUCGCAGUGGAUCGAUCGAAUCUGCCGUCAGCUCCUGGUCUCGAGCAGGCUUCCCCAAAGACAGAAUUGUCCUCGGUGUCCCGUCGCAUGGUCGUGUCUACAGCGUGGAUUCGAUCGAAGCGCAGAAGAUUGGCAACUAUCCAAAAUUCGACGCUAUCCCAGCUGGUCAAGGAGAAAAACCUGGAACACUUAUCCCCGAUGCCUGCAAUAUCAAUAAUACUGUACCGGUUAAUGCGACUGGUGUCGUCACCUUCGAAGGGUUAAUCAGCGCUGGCUAUCUCGAUAACAAUGGCUCUCUUCCGAGCUCAGCUACGAUAUCCAAUUUCGACCAGUGCAGCCUCACACCUUUCUUUUACAACAGCACGCGCGAAAUCAUGGUAUCUUACGACGAUGUUAAUAGUAUGGCUCUAAAGGGCCAUUAUAUCAGAGAAAACGGCCUGAAAGGAUUUGCACUGUCAGAUGCCGUUGGCGACUACAACGACUUGUUGCUGGAUUCGGUUAGAAAUGCCACAUCCUUGGAUAGAAGUGUGGGACCAAAUACAACGACGUAG